ACCAUGGAGGUGGACCCGGAGCCCGUACCAGGGACGCGCUUGCACGAGAACCCCAGCGGUGGACUAGAUAGCGAUGACGAGACGCUAAGAUUCGAUAAAGACGACGAUCUCUACGCGGAAGACCUCGACGAGGAAGACGCACGAUGGGUUAGGAAACAGCAUCUCCCAGCGACCGAGUGCGAAGAAGCAGAAGACGGAAACCCCCCUACCGGCGUCAAAAACAAGAUCGGAAAAGGCGAGGCAAUCAACGGCGACAAGGAGAUCGACGAAGACGAAAUCGCCGAGGAUCAACCGCCCACAAUCUCCGACAGCGAUAUCGGUGAUGGAGGCCCCCCAGCGGGAGCGCAGAAGAAGCAACAGGGGGGCAGCAGCAAUAACCAGCGGGGGCCAAUGGGCGUGGCUAGCGACGCCCAGCUCAGCUGCCCCCUGUGCUUCACCACGGUGUGCUUGGAGUGCCAGCGGCACGCCAAGUACUACAACCAGUUCCGUGCGGUCACGGGGAUUAACGUCAACAUCAACUACGACGUGUUCCUGACGCUCGAUGACGUAUCGGGAGGCGGCAGCAGGCGGAGAAGGGGGCGGCGCAAAGGCAACGGUACAACGGCAGCGGCCGCAUCAGUAGCGCGAGAUAUUGGUGGUGGUGGUGGCUUGGACCGUCGCAAUCAAUCCGCGCAAGUUGAUGGCGAGGAUCGAGAGGAAGAGCAAGAAACGUUCCACCCUGUUUCCUGCGGGGAGUGCGACCACCGCGUAGGCGUUUACGACGUGGACGAAGUUUUCCAUUUCUUUGGGGUUGUUGCCUCGGGGUAACAGCGCAUUCCAUGGGCUGGGCUGAUAUUGUGUUGGUAUGAACAAUCACACGAAGUGUCAGCGCCUGCAAGCUUGUUUCGCUAGAGCAGCAUCAACUCGGUGUACCUACUGUAGGCUUCGACACCUGCCGCUGCGCUCGAUUUAUUUUUUUGCAUCAUUUCUGGCCCGAAUGGGCUCCUCCGUUUGUACACUUUGCGAUCAGGCCUGCCGACGUCGCUAUUCCUUUUCACGAUUGACGUAUUUUCUAUCAUGCUUCGAAAGAUGCCACGCAAC